AUGGACUCCUCCUGCUCGGAAUUACUCGACGCCAUCAAUGAAAUGUUCAACUUGGAUAGCAGCGAUGACAGCGAUGACAGCGAUGAGUCCGAAGGUCACACCCCUACGCGUGGAGAUCCUGGUCACUGUUCAGUGAAGAGUGAGGUAUCGUCUGGUCAUGACAAGGGUCACAUUAUGAUUAGCUACCAGCAUGCGAGCCAACAGCGAAUGCUGCGAGUCAGGAACUAUCUGGUGGAACGUGGAUACAACGUAUGGAUGGAUGUGGACAACAUGGAAGGUGACAUACUGGAGUCCAUGGCCAAGGGAGUCGAGAGAGCUUCGGUCAUCCUGGUUUGCAUGAGCCAUAAAUUCAAAGAGAGUAAAAACUGUAAGGCAGAAGCGGGAUACGCCCACGCACUAGGGAAACACAUAGUUCCCCUGAUGCUUGAAGAUAAAUUCGUUCCUACGGCCUGGCUCGGUCCCCUCGUGGGAAUGAAGAAGUAUUUCCCUAUGUUCUCAGACGAUCUCAUGAAACAGCAACUACCCAAGCUGCUUAAAGAGCUAGGCGAUAAAGGCAAACAUGGGGGAAAAGGUGCAAGCAAUCCAACAGCCCAUGAUCAAAUAAAAUGGAAAGGACCAGCAAAAGGCAAGGAAAUAGACUGGCUUCAAGGACUAGACUCUUGGGAUGAGAAAGAAGCACUAGGAUGGCUGAUAAAGAAUGGCGUUGAUACGAGCAUGUGGUAA